AUGGCUCCAUUCCAAUCUGCUACCCACCAGAGUGACUCUCCUGAGGCGGUUGCAGAAGCUUCGCUCAUUGUUGUUGGCGAGAUACUGCCGUCUCGUUUCUGGGUAGACAAAGUCGGUGGUUGGAAAAAGGAGUUUGGUGCCCUGAGGGGAGCUAAGUUCUCCCUGGCUCUAGGCGAACCUCAGGACCCUGCAUUUGCCACAGAUUGGGCGAAUGCUGUCGGCAGGUUGAAUAGCACUAUUUCGCAGUUAUCUGGACCCGGAUCUAAAUCGGAAAACGUGCGAAGCUGCAUUCAGACGGAGAAUCAUUCCACUCAAAUACGCUUCUCUGCUCCUGUUUUCGAACCUUUGGAGCCUGGAACAACUGUCCUGGACAGCCUUAUUCAGAGAUGGAGCGUGGACCCAGAGCACCAGGAAGCUUUGAACGCCUUGAAGACUGGUUUUCGAGUCACACCACUCAGGGUGUUUGAUAUUGACGACAAUCCGGUCAGAGCUGAGAACAUGGUGGGUCUACUCAAAGGUGCACUCGCAGAAGUUCACUUCUCGAUCCGCCAUUGGAAUAUUCAAAGGGCAGGCCAAGUACCUCAACAGUCUUUUUCUUGCACUAUCAACCAGAUUUGCGUGCUGAAAAGAGCACCACCUCCUCCACCUAGUCCGUACAAAGGAUCUUCACGUCCAUAUCGCCCAGUUCCUAUCCAGCCAGGACCAGCACCUUUACUUCCUGCGGCAGAAUUACCGGUAAACGCAGCAGCAUCUGCGAGCGUUGAGGUUGAUCCGCUUUCACCAAUCCCCAAUCGCUGCGACAACCUGAGUACGGAAGCGGAGCCUCGUACACCGACGCCUACAUCCACCAGUCGGAGGGCAAUGGGUUUUGGGACGAGGCUGAACUUUAUACAGCUGCCCACUCCGCCGACAGACACUACACCUCCUGGCGUUGGAGUUUCUGCUAGCCACGUUCUUGGUAAUCACAACAUAUCCCCAACACGGUCUCAGCCUCAGCACACUCGACCUAUCCCUGUCGAUAGUCCAGGCCAGGAAAACAUACCCAUUCCUAUGGUUACAGCCCCUAGCACUGGCACUAGCGAUAGCGCCGUCUUUGCAGACCCGAGGAGAAGGGCUAUGACAUUGGAACAGAUUGGUGCGAGGACGGGACGCGGGGAUCUUUUCACGCGGGAUUUCGACCUUAGCGUGCCCAUUCGGCCCCAGGGCGUUCAACUAGAGGAGGAAACAUCGGGUGCACCGAAUGCGAUUGCAGGCGCUGACGGGAAUGACUUACCAGAAGUGGUGUUGGGAGGGGAGUCAGCUACGAGGACUGCCAGUACAAAUACUAAGGUGGGAGUAAUGGAUGUCUUAGAGAAUACGGAUGAAGCUCUAGCUACUGGUUCGCAUCCGCCUUCUCCAGAAGUCCCACUUCAGGAGGCGACAGUUCCUCUUCAUCCUGUUGUUGCGUUGGCCAAUGCGACUUCGGAAGGGGGAAACGGUCAGAACGGCUUAAUAACUAUCCGAUUGCCAGCCAAGAAGCAGCCUCAGGGGGUAACAAAGGAAGGAGGGCCGAGGAGUGCGGCCAAGCGAAAAGCAGACUCAGAUGCAGAUGGCUGGCCAGUGAUGAGGCAAAGGACUGCUGCCACCUAG